AUGAAUAAGCGGAAUCUAUCAAUCGAUUAUGAAGAUCUAGAAUCAGAAUUUGACUAUGCAAAUGAUGCUGGAAGCAGUGUCGAUGGAGGGAAAAAUUGUCGAAUACGGGAUGACGAAUUAUGGAAGAAACCACGAGUUGGAAAUAUUGCAUUGUUAGAUCGAAAGAAAGCACGAAACAUAUUUGAUGAAGAACAAUCCUGUUUUGAGAGACGAAAACAGCGGUUGAUGACCUUAGACGUUUACACGCGACACAAAGAACUGAUAAAUCAGUAUUAUCUCUGUUACCCUGGUGCAACAGCAAAACUGCAAAGAGAUACAUCCAAAGAUCGCACCGAUUAUGAUGUCCUUAAAGAUAAUCAUAGAUUUCUUUGGAAUGAUGAUGAGUUAAUGAAAGCAGCGGAAAAGUCGUGGGAAGCUCGUUUAGCCAAACGAUAUUAUGAUAAACUUUUCAAGGAAUAUUGUAUUGCUGAUCUUUCGCAAUAUAGAAAAAAUAGAAUAGCCAUGAGGUGGCGAACUGAAAGAGAAGUCAGGUCAGGGAAGGGCCAGUUUGAAUGUGGAAAUAAAAGGUGUAACGAAAGAAAUGACCUUACUAGUUGGGAGUUGCGAUUAUGCCCGGAAUGCUCGAAAAUGCUCAAUUAUCAUUCUCAGAAGAAGAAGCUGGAAAAGAAAGACAAACGUAGGCACAAAAGGAGAUUAUCUAAUGCUAGAAGCCAGAAAGAAGAAAUCGCGAAGCAAGCAGAUGCUUCAGAGGUCCAAAACUGUGCAAUUUCUGAGGAGACGUCCAAAGAAGUGGAACAGAAUAUUGACGAGGAACUGGAAAAAGAUAAUUUAAUGGAAAUCUGGAGGAAAUCACCAGAAGAUACUGAUCCAGAAAAAGUUGCUGAACAAGAACUGGAUGAUUUCUUGGAUGACUUGUUAUUGUAG